CCCAAACCCCCUUUCACACCUCCUCCGCCGCCCCCGCCGCCGGCAAACUCUCACCGUCUCUGCCACUCCGGCGAGGUCGCACGGGCUCGCCGUCUGCCCCGCUGGUUCCCUGAUCCGUCCCAGCCGCUCCCCCCGCGCCGGCCGCCGCGGCGGGCCAUCCCGGUAGGUCUGUUGCGCCCCCCACCCAUCGUCUUUGGCUUGACCGCGACUUUCUCACCCUCUCUCGGCGGCGGCGGCGGCGGCGCCAAGAUGCUGGGGUUCUCCACCGGCCAGCUGGUGGUCAUCCUCGGGGCGUGCUCCCUCAUGAUGAAGCGCAGCGACAUGAUCAAGAUCGCGAGGGUGGCAGGGAGGAUGACCGGGAAGGCGGUUGGGCGCCUCAUGCUGUUUCGCAGGCAGAUGGAUGAGCUCAUGGAGCAGACUGCAGCAAAGCAGGUUAAUAGGGAGCUUAAAGAUGCUAUGACGCAGCUAGAUUCAAUUCGUUAUGAAGUCCAAAACUUAUCCAGGUUUACUCCUGGGCAGUUCAUGAGGCAACACAACCCUGAAGGCAUGGAUGAAGCAGGGAAAAAUGACGCUAUUAGUGGCUCUGCGCUUAACCUAGAAGAACUUUGUCCUCAAAUUCGCAGUAUGGUUCAGGAUGAAAUUGAGAGCUUUUAUAGAACAAAUCCAGAUAGGUUUACCAGGAGGUUGGAUAAUGUUGAUACGGUUUAUAGUUCUGUCAGCUCAGUUGAAGGUAGAGAAGCUGAUGUAGCUGUUAUACCCACAAUGUUGGCAUCAAAGGACAUGAAAUUGGCAAAUACAGGCUCUACAGAUAUACACAGCAAAGCAACAAUGUAUGCAAGGCUAACUGAAUCCUCAGAAAUCAAGAAUUCUACAAUGGGUGGCACUUCUGAGCAUCAAUUCAAUGAGAGGAAUGGGUUAUUAAAUGUACUACCAAUAUCAGCUGAAAGUGCUGGAUUACUUCCAACCUGCUCAGAUAAACCACAGGGUUCGGACCUAUUACUGGAGGCUGUACUUGAAGCAGAGGUCGCAGAACAUGCAAAAUCCUUUGCACAGCAGCAUCAUGAUGAACAUCACAAGGAGUGAUGUGAUCUUUUGAUAGGAAUUGGUAGACACCAUGUACAUUAAACUUCAAAAUUCUGACUAGUAGACUACUGUAGUACUCUGAUGCCGAUGACUAGAUAACCAUUGUCUCUUUGGCACCAACUGACUUCAAUCUAUGUAAUUGGUCAUGACGGAAUUCGAGCUGUUGACCGGUGCAAAGAUGGUGUGAAUUUUCGUAGGAUAACCAUGAUCUGGGAUGUUGCUUAUUUGUUUACUGAGGCAUAUUGUCCAUCAAUUGUUAAGGGUUCCUCAAGGAACAACAUUUUCAUUUUUAUAGAGGGAACAUCU